AUGGCACCUGCGGUAUUGAACAGCUCCGGCUAUAUGCAGGAGACCCAGGAAGCCGUCAAGCUGGCCGCUACGGCGACGAUGAACACCCACUACCACAACCCGUACACGACGGACCUGACCUCGCCGCACUCGCCGGUGCCCGAGUUCCGGAGCCAGGCCGCCAACGGGGACCACAACCACAAUCACAACCACCCCCACCCUGGGCACCCGGGGGGCCCCCACCCGGGGCACCCCCCCCACCCCGUCUACGGCGGGCCCCCGCACCCUCAUUCCGCCCCCGUCCACCACCACCACCAGCAGCACCAUAACCCCCAGGCUGUCCAGGUCUGCUCCGGCUGCAACUCCAAGAUCGUUGACCGCUGGUUCCUCAGGUGUCUAGAACGGAACUGGCACAAUAACUGCCUCAAAUGCACGGCCUGUGGGGCCACUUUAGCCGAUAUAGGAGCCACGUGUUUCACAAAACCGGGCAUGAUUCUCUGUAAAAAUGAUUAUGUCAGGUUGUUCGGUCAGUCGGCGGCGUGCGCGGCGUGCAGUCAGAUGAUCCCGCCGUCGGAGCUGGUGAUGCGGGCGGGGAGCGCGGGGGGCCAGGGGGGCGGCCCGGGGAGCGGGGGCCCGGGGCCGGGGGCGGGGCCCAGUAGUCAGGUGUUCCACGUCAAGUGCUUCGCGUGCUCCAAGUGCGGGCUCCAGCUCGUCUCCGGCGACCGCUACUACCUCCUCGGCGGCGCCGUCGUCUGCGAGCAGGACUGGCACAAGUUCAUCAAAGGCUCCGGCAUCUCCACCCAGGCCCAGACCACCGUCCGCAAAGGCAAGGUCGGCCGCCCUCGGCGGAGCAGAGACUGAAACCCCAUCGACGAGGAAACACUGUAGCCUAGUAUCUCCAUCCGGAUUCGAAGUCAGAGCUCUGAUGACGGGGUCUGAUUCGCCUUGAUUAUCGCAACUUCCUAUUCACCAGUAGUUCGUACGGAAACACCUCGCAUCACCCAACGACCAAUAGGAGCGCUCCGCCAUUAUUGUUUCCCGAGUGGUUUGUCUGCAAACUCCCUCACCUUCCAGUGUUUUAUUAGAUUCUAUUUCUAUUUUAAGGUGGUCUUUCAUUGUGAGCAAUCCAUGAGCCUAUCUUUUUCUCCCAAUUGUAAGAUUGUUUCACCGUUGUUCCCUCAGACUAUUUCAUGUAUAUACAAUGCAGUCUAUAACACGUGACAACUGAGUGGCAGGUAUUGCAAGUAGUAAGCGACUGUGUACUUUCUCCUCUGAGGAAUAUUUAAUAUUUUUUUCAUCUCCGCUAAGAGAUCUUGAAAUGGAAACAUAAUAGCGUGAAUUCGCUCCCUGAUUUUUUUGGCAAAGAUUUGCUCUAUUAAAAAAAAAACUCUACCUCUGAAAGCGCGAAACCCCCCUUCUUUCAGUGCAUUUUCCGAGGGAAAUAUUUUCGUAUUGAACGAGGAGAGGACAACGUGUUAGAAACAAUUUCUCAAUUUCCUUUUCAAUAUGAUUAUUUUAUUUACUUUUUUUAUUUCCAAGCUUUUUUCAUAAACGUCUAUGCCACGGUUCUUUAUGACUUGAAAAUGCCAAUAGUUAUUUAUUUAUUUACUACGGUGAUUUCAGUCCCUCUUGAAUCUACCAGCCAAUAAUAAGGCACGCUGUCUCUACAAAUAAUAAGUAAAUUAAUUUUUGUCUAAUCUCCUUACUUUACUUUCUCUCCAUACUUAGUAUUUGCAAAAAUACUACUCCCAAGAAUUGCUCUAUUGAAGCUUAUUUGGAUUGAAUUUUGAAAAAAAUAACGAAACGAUUAAAUAAACAAAUAUAUGAAAAAAGGGGAAGAAAGAAAACAUCACCACAUGAUGCGUCAAAUUUGCGUCCGUCAAUGUUCUUUCUCAAGAGACCAGUACCGUUGAAGGAACACCUGUGCUCUCCUUGGAUAAAAAGCAGAAUAAAGAAAUUCAUAAAACCUCGUUGUAUCGUUUCCCAAAUGACACUCAACAUUUUAAGUCAUUUUGAUCAUGAUGACGAGAAAACUCGUGUGCUAAUAUCAGUCUUCUAUGUAUGAGGCGUUCCGAGUCACCGGAAUCAUAUGCUUGAAAGUCUAAUCUGUCAAAGCGCCUUCAUCUGGCCGUGAUACCGCCCCGCGACCGGAGCGAUCGAAUAGUGGUAUCGCGCCCCCAGACACAGCACUCACGACUAUGAGAGAUAGAGAAGAAUUUUCUCCAUUUCGCCGUCGCAUCGAUCACAAUCCUGCAACUUUGUUUGUUGUAUCGAUGCGUUAAAAUUCAAUGCUUUAUCUUGAAAUUUACCCUUAUGAAAAUGUGGACGUAAUAUCCUGUGACAUCAGUUUUUCAUUGUCCAGAAAUGUAUCACGCACGCUGAAAUUCUUAACCGACGAGAGAUUUUUGCGGAAUUGAAAUGCGCGACCUCAGUGGCGAUUCUUGACAGUUGGCAACGUUUUUUUCCUCCAUUUAAAUGUAUGCAAAACAAUCGAUUCUUGCCUCAACUAUAAUCGAUAUUUUCAAUGAAUAUAAAUGGAGGAAAAGCAGUGUUUUUAACUUGGAAAAUCACCACCGCGUGACCUGCCACUCAGUCUUCAGCGUUGAAAGUCUUAGGAGAGAGAGGCGAUCAAAAAUCAUCAAAACCUUUAACAAAUCCCCUAAUUAUUUUGGUGCUUGCCUUUUAAUUGUUUCGGCAACCCUUUUUUUCUUGAUUGAUGGUUUCUUUUUACUUACUUUUUAAAUUUCGAGUUGCCCCAUCAGUUUGCACACCGAAUCAAAACGCAUCUGUCCGUGUUGUCCCUCAGUUGUGUCCAUUGUUGAACCUUGUUGACUAAUUUAUUCGCUUUUGUUUCAAUAAUUGUAAAACACUGUUUUCUUAUGGUUGUAAGCUCGUAAGUUGUACAUACUUUGUAAUAGUGAUCAGGAAACAAAUGUUGUAAUUUAACUGUGUAAAUAGCCAGUUGUAAGCCUCUUAGCCUAAACUAGGGUUACCUAAUUGUCUGGGAUAAUUCCAGGCAAUCAGGCAAUUCUUUUCAAGGAGGGAAACUCUUCCUUGCCUAAUGGACACCCUGCCCAAAUCUUGUAUGCAUAAUUUUUGUUCCCCAAAAAAAGACAAUCUGUCAUUGACCCAUCUUGAGUGCGGUUGACAUGAACUCUUUUUGUUGUUUCGUUUUGUUCUUUAUUUUCCUUUUCUCCUUUUUUAAUCGUUAACAAUCACCUUUUUGAUUGAUAUAACUUUAACUGUGAUAAGACGAUGAUUCGAAAGAAAGAUGUCGUGUCUGAUGUUGGUGUUUUUGACGCUCCUAUCCCCUAUGUGUUGAGUCGUUGAAUCAGAUUUCUUUUUGUCUCCCCUCCAUUACAAAAUCAAUCAUUGACAUUGCGUCAAAACGAAAGAGAAAAAAAACAACCCGAAAAUUUCAAUUUUAUUUUCUACUGACUUUCGAAAAGUUAAUAUUAGUAUCCAACUCUUCAGCACAAACUAAUAUGUGUCUCUGAAAGAGGAAGUUAUAAAUAAGUCAUAUUCUGUACGAUUAGGCCACGAGAUCCUAUCUCAUCAAUGAGUACGUCGAACUGAUUUCUAUGCUUCUGAUCCUCCCAUGUAUUUCUGUAACCAAGAUUCUCAUGAGUGUCCCUACUUCUCACAAUUUUCUCCCACCUUUCCUCUUUUUUCAAAUAAAUAAUGACUGUAGUAAAGACUUUUCUCACCCUCAUACAAACCUAUCGUAAUGUAUCACGUUUUCUAAUAAUUAUACAUGUUGUGCCAAAGGGAAUUAUACAUCUUGAAUAUUUUCUGGACGAAUUCGAAUAUCGGGGGGGGGGGGGAUAUAGAACUGACGUGGAAUAUUGGAAUCAUAUGUGGAAAAUAUGUUCCUCUCAAAAAUAUUAACACGAAUUUCUGCGUUUUUCGAUAUUCGAAUCCGUUCAAAAGAUAUUUAAGCUGGCCACUUUCUUUUAGCACACCCUGUUAGUCUCAAUCUUGGUCAUUCAAAUAUUUACUAUGUCAAUGAAUUUUAACAAUAAAGAAAGCUUAAGCUUACACGAAAAGAAGAGAAGAGUUGGCACAUGGCACUGUGAAUUUUGCCUUUUUGACUGGUGUUGGAGCCAAAACACACCUAACCGAUUUUGUAAUUGUAAAAUCAGCAUGGAAUUAUAACAACUUAGUUCUUUUAAAGUUCAGCCAUGCGACUUUAUCUAAAGACGACAACAGAUUAUAAACGACUUUAAAGUUACUUUUCGAGUGAUUAAUGGACUAUGUUGUUGAACCAAGUUAUUUAAACUAACUAAGCAAUUUUAGAUUGGAAGGGCUUACAUUUUCUUGCCAAGUAUGUUACAAGUACUUUACUAUACCAUACAGGUUUUUUACUCUUCUUUUUUUGUCUUAUUUUUUAAAUACUUUUUGAACAAUUUAGGAUGAAAAUAACUGUAGCCCAGUCUAAGGAUUUUUCCAUCUGCCAUUUGGACCUAAUUUUGCAAUAAGGAAAUUCUAUUUCUGGCACAUUCACACGGACACUCAUCGGCAGAGGAAAAUUGCAUACGUAAAUUUAAACUUUGUACUUACACCGUUUCUAAUACAGUGUGACAAGUUCUUGAAGAGUCGGUGAAUUUUGUUAUGGAACCUUGAAAUUUUUUCCUCCCGUCAGAGCAUCGUUUUCUUUCAAUUUCAGGAAACUUUGCCCCUAACAUUUUUCGCCCUUUGAAUUUUUAUGAGAAAUCAUGCUAAAAGGAAAGAAACAUUGAAGAAUCAGAGCAUUUCAUGCUCAAAAUCCAUGAAAAAUCCGGGAAUUGUGAAGUGCAUAAGAAAACUUGUAAAAUGAGCCAGAAGUACUAUUUCCUAAUUGCCAAAUGCAGUCCAUUUUACCCACCCUACAUCCUUUUGUUUUGCUCAAUCUUUAUAGUGCUGUGUACUUCUGUGCAGCCGUUCUCUAUUGUUUUUCGUUUUGUAUUUCGUCAAUUUUAGAUCUCUUUGUUUUUCUGAAUAGAUCACUCCUAUUUUGUAAAUCGUUGAAUUUUUAUUGCCACGAUAUUGUUUCGAUGCCCAAAUGUGAAAAAUUGAGUCGUUGUGAUCAUGAAAUAAUGAGCAUGCGUGAAUGAGGGAUCCUCACUCAAUCGGUGGAAACGCUCGUCCUCAAGUUUUCCUCGUGAAAAUCACAAAUUUGGACUCUCGCAGAUCUACCAGAUGAGCGGAUCCUUCUGUUGCCUUACCGUCUUUAAGUAGUUGACCUCCUGUUCACGGACUGGAAGAAUACGCGAAAAUGAAAAUAAUGCCUCGCCGAUCGGUCUUCCAAAGUGGCGACGUUACAAACAGUCCUGUUCAAAUCACACUGAACCUCCGUUGUUUCUACUUAUUAGGCUUCAACUGUAACGAGAGACAAAAAAAGGGGGAAAAAAGAGAAGAUUUUUCUCGUUAAAACUGAGGUGAUGUGUUGAGACAUUACUUUUGAUCCAUACGCCUCUAUUUGUAACAAGCGAGGAGGGACAGAGUUUGUACAGGGGGAUAUAAGAAAAAUCUCAAUUCCUCAAAAAAAAACCGGCUAAAAUGACCAAAAUAUUGAUGUUCUGCGUAAACAGCCAUCGCUAGUUUAUUAAUAUCCUCAAGAACGUCAAAUCGAAGUUCUAAAGUUUUACGAGUUUCUCUGAAAUAUGUAAUUUCUUAUUCUCAAACCUUGAAUUUUUUUAAAAUAAGAAAUGUACGUCAUUUUUGGGGGUUUUCCCCCAAAUGAUGCGGAACUAAUUUCUAAAUGUAGUGAUUUAGCUCUCUCACCUUUCUCAGUUUCUUAUUUUUUGUUUCUUUUCUCUGAAUCCGUCGGAAGGCACUCUGAAAAACUCCAGUUCUAUUGUAAGUCGAGAACCUGAGUGUGUCCUUUAUUUCCUAAUUCACGAAUAAAAACCAAGCGACAAAGACGUAAAUUAAAUUCAGGGCGACUAAGAAAUGCUCGUUGGAAUUAAUGACUUUUAUAGAAAGAGCUCAAAUGCAUGCCGUCUCAUUCUCACCGUUUCCCGAUUCAGGUUUAAAGUUAUUAGAGUAUACUCAAGGAACUAUCGUAAAAAGGAACGUACUUGUGCGCUUGAGAAAUAUUUACAUCGAAUAUUCGUAAACGCCUAUGGUAAAACGGUGGUGGUUUUUACGUGUUACCGUCUGACCCUUCUCUACCUUUUACUCCUUGCAAGUAUGAGAAUGUUCCGACUUCCAUGAAAAUUCAAGUAGAAUAUCAGAUAUGGUAUCCUUUAUUUCCGAAUACUUGCUAUCAAAGGCAGCAGUGGAAAUGAAAAAGGUAAAAAAAAUCGUCUCCUCUUUAGACUCAAUCCCAAGCUCAAUUUUGUCGAAAAUUGUUGGCAAUUGAUUGAAAUUCAAUUAAGUGGCAAUACAUUGCAAUAUUUUGUUAUUUUGUAUUUAUAACUGUAAUUUUAUUUUAAAUAUAUUUCGAAACUAGGCAACUUCAACGUUGAUAGAUCAUAUUUUUCUGUACUUAUUAUUUUAAUUGAUCAUGGCCAUUGUACAUUUGUGUAUUAUACCUUUGAAUUAUUAAAAAAAAAUAAUAAUAAUUCUUGAAAAAAA